AUGUGGAAGGAGGUACACAAGUGGAAAGCCAACGCCUUCUGCACCUCGAGCGACACUGGCUUUGGCCUGUCCCCGACUGUGUCCCUCAGAGCCUUCCAGCCCUUCUUCUUGGAGCUCACCCUGCCCUACUCCGUAGUGCGCGGUGAGGCCUUCACGCUAAAGGCCACUGUCUUCAACUACCUGGGCCGCUGCAUCAGGGUCAGCAUCUCGCUGGCUCCAUCUGCCGACUUCCAGGCUACCCCUGUGGAGAACGAAGAAGAAUCUUAUUGUCUCUGUGUGAAUGGACGGAAAACAGCGUCGUGGGCUGUGACCCCAAAAUCACUGGGUAAUGUGAAUUUCUCAGUGAGUGCUGAGGCCCUGAGGACAAAUCUGCGCUGUGGGAAUGAGGUAGUGGAGGAACUGGACAAAGGGCGGAAGGACACGGUGAUCAAACAGCUCUUAGUAGAGGUAAGGAGUUAUGUGAUGGGGGAGGGAGGGGUCACAGAAGACCUUUUGGGGAUGCUUCCCAAGGUGCUGACAUGGCCACUGCCACUCACCUUCUUGCUCUCUGGGGCUCUGUCUACA